CAUACCAGUAGAUGGCAGUAACAAAUUACACCAACACGACGAAGAAGAUGUUGAACCCAGUAGGGCACUUUGACGCCGCCAUAUUACCCCGUCGUCCUGGUUUGAAGGAGAGAGCGAGGGGAAAUGAAAGGGUUCCGGGGACUCACGCAUUUAUCGAGACGCUUCUAUGCAGCUGUCAAAGCAGGCCGCUCUCUUGUUGAGCCCCUGGGUGGCCUCAAGUUGACUCCAGGGGCUGCUCACUCCAUCCAGGAUGUUCAUGUGAGCCGACUGCCCAGUGGACUGGUGAUCGCUUCCCUGGAAAACUACUCACCAGCUUCCAAGAUUGGUGUGUUUGUUAAGGCUGGCUGUCGUUAUGAGACCCUUGACAACCAGGGCGUUACCCACGUCCUCAGGCUGGCUGCCAACCUGACUACCAAAGGAGCUUCAGCUUUCAAGAUAUGCCGCGUUAUCGAAGCUGUUGGAGGUAAACUGAGUGCUUCUUCAUCCAGAGAGAACAUGAUCUACACUGUUGACUGCUUGCGAGAUGACAUCGACACAGUGAUGGAGUAUCUGAUCAAUGUGACAACGGCGCCAGAGUUUCGCCCGUGGGAGGUGUCCAAUCUCACACCCAGGGUAAAGGUUGACAAGGACCAAGCAGGACAGAGUGCUCACAUAGCUGUGGUUGAAAGUCUCCAUGAAGCCGCCUACAAGAACGCUCUGUCCAACUCCCUUUACUGUCCUGACUACAUGGUGGGAAAUAUCCAGUCUGAGCAUCUUCACCAGUUUGUCCAGAAUCAUUUUACAAGUGCAAGAAUGGCACUUGUUGGACUUGGUGUGGAUCAUACCAUUCUGAAGCAAGUAGGAGAGCAGUUCCUUAACAUCCGCGGUGGCGGCGGAACAUCAGCUGGCCAAGCCCGCUAUCGUGGAGGUGAGGUCCGGCUGCCGAGCACCAGCAGCCUGGUCCACUCUGCCGUUGUGAGCGAGGCAGCAGCUUCAGGCACCAGUGAAGCUGUGGCCUUCAGCGUUCUGCAGCACCUGCUGGGAGCUGGUCCGCGGAUCAAGAGGGGCUCUGAUGCAACUAGCAAACUAGUGCAGGGGGUUGCCAAGGCAACUGCUGACCCCUUUGAUGUGAGUGCUUUCAAUGCCAGCUACUCUGACUCUGGGCUGUUUGGAGUCUACACCAUUUCCCAAGCAGGAUCUACCGGCGAUGUCGUCAAGGCCGCUCUUGCUGAGGUGAAAGCUGUCGCUGAGGGCGGAGUCACAGCUGCUGACCUCACUCGGGCCAAGAUUUCCCUCAAAUCUCACAUGCUGAUGACUCUGGAGACUUCAGAAGGUUUGCUUGAGGCCAUGGGCACUCAGGCACUGGCUAGUGGCUCCUACCAAUCCCCGGAAGAAUUUGCCAAAAACAUCGACAACGUCUCUUUAACGGAUGUGGCCAACGCUGCAAAAAAGUUUGUGUCUGGCAAAAAGACCAUGUCUUCCAGCGGGAACCUUAUCAAAACACCCUUCGUCGACGAAAUUUAAAACCAGCUCUUGCUUCCACCACCUCCUCGGCUUGUCGUUUCACUUUGGAAUAUGUUUCCUCCACUAUAACAGAAAUGCGCCGUUCCUGCACUGUUGGUCUGAGAGGUGUCCUCUGGGUCUUUAUAUAUGUUAAGAUUUGUUUUGGGGUCAUCGUAACAUCAUUUCUCAUUUGCCCACAUGCAGUUUAAUGUAUAGCUCAUGUAAAAAAAUAAUGGAUAAAUUCUAUCUGCCUGACAGAGUUGUGGUUUGUCAUGUCGCUGUUCAUAAGGUCUCUAUAUAAUUAAAAAGAAAUGUAUUACAAAAGCCAAA